UGUGAGUGAUUUGGCACCUGCUAAUCUUUAUAUUAGAGACCCCUCCCAGGUCCUCCUCAAGGCUGAACAAAACCAAACUGCCCUGGUUAUGACAGUUGAGUUAGAAUACUUUGUGAUCUCAAGCUGCAAUCUUAGAACAUUGUAGGCCUACCCUGCAUACGUAUUCAGUAACUCAAAUGGCUCAGGCUUUUGUGAACGGUGGGGAUCAAUUUCGGUGCUCCGUUUGUCUGGAGGCACUGAAGGAACCGGUGACUAUCCCAUGUGGACACAGCUACUGUAUGAGUUGCAUUGGUGGCUGCUGGGACCAGGAGGAGAAAAGGGGUGAGUUCAGCUGCCCUCAGUGCAGAGAGAAAUUCAUUCCACGACCGGCUUUGAAGAAGAACACCAUGCUAGCUGAACUGGUGGAGAAAAUGAAGAUCUGUGGAGGCCAGACUGGUCCUGCGGCAACCCCAAACGCAGAGGGUGAAGUGCCGUGUGACUUCUGCUCUGAUGAGAAGCUGAAGGCAGUCAAGUCGUGUCUGGUGUGUCAAGUUUCCCUCUGUGACACUCACCUGCAGCCUCACAACGACAUCCCUGCCUUGAAGAAGCACAAGCUGGUCAAAGCCAUGCAGCUAGAGGAGGUGAUCUGCUCUCAGCAUGGGAGUCUUCUCCAGGUGUUCUGCCGCACCGACCAGAAGUGUAUCUGCAUACUGUGCACCAUGGAUGACCACAAGGGUCACGAUACAGUCUCUGCUGCCGCAGAGCGAAAGCGAAACGAGUGGCAGUUGGAGGACAUGCACAUGAAAUUCGAGGAAAGGAUCCAGGAACGAGAGAAGAAGCUGAAGGAUGUGAGAGAGGCUGUGAAAUCCCGCAACAGCUUGGCAGAGAAGGCAGAGCAGCACAGUGAGAAGGUCUUCACUCGGCUGCUGGAGUCUAUUGAGAGGAGACGCGUGGAGGUGAGAGAGCAGAUCAGAGGUCAGCAGAAGGUCGCGGUCAGCCAUGCUGAGAGAGUCGUGGAGGAACUGGAGGAGGAAGUAGCGGAGCUGAGGAGAGGAGAUGCUGAGCUGGAGCAGCUCCCACGUAACGAUAACAAUGUCCAUUUCCUCCAGAUUUUCCAUGGCCUUGAAACGUCCCUUGAUUGUACUGGGUUACCCAGCAUGACUCUUAGUUCAGAGUCCUCCUUUAAGGGCCUGCAGAGAUCCCUUUCUGCCUUUGAAAAAGGGGUAGGAAAUGUCAGUGAAAGGGACAUGAAGUGGAUCAACAAAAAGCUGAAAAACAUCAAAGUUGUUCGACCACCAGUGCCAAAGACUCGACAAGACUUCCUGAAAUAUUCAUGUCAGCUAACACUGGAUCCAAACACGGCAAAUUCAUCCAUCUCCCUGUCUGAGGACAAUAGGAAAGCCACUCAUCAUUUGCAGGAGCAGCAAUAUCCCGAUCACCCAGACCGAUUUAAAUCUACCAGGCAGGUGUUGUGUAAGGAAGGCUUGACUGGGCGCUGCUACUGGGAGGUUGAGCUCAGUCCUGAAGGGAACUUCUCUGCUGAUAUAGCCGUGGCAUAUAAAGGCAUCAAACGGGAGGAGUCUGAUGGAGAUGCCAAGGAAGAUGAAGAAAUGGAAGAGGAAGAGGACAACUUUGAGAUGGAUGAUGACAUGAAGGAAGUUGAUGGCGGUGAUGAUGCAUCUCCUGAUGACAUAGGUGAUGGCAAUGGUGCACGUAGAGGUCGUUAUAGCAUUGAAGAUGAUGACUACUACGAUGAUGACGAUGACUACUACUAUGAUGAUGACGAUGAUUACUAUGUUGAUGACGACGAUGAUGAUGAUGAUGAUGAUGAUUUUAACUACACUGAUCCUACUGUUCUUUCUGCUGAUUCGGAUGAUUCAGAUGAUGGUGAGGAUGACUACGUUUGUAGGGUACUGUCUGCAUUUGGACGUAAUGAGCAGUCAUGGAGCUUUCAAAUAGCAUAUGACCUUCUUGAUGAAACGUCAGGCUGUUUUUACCAUAACGGCAAGAGGUCCAAGGAUGUCUCGGUCCCCAGCUCCAAGAUUGGUGUGUAUCUGGAUCACAGGCAGGGAAUUCUGUCCUUCUACAACGUUUGUUACGGAAUGACCCUUCUCCACACAGAACACACCACAUUCACUGAGCCUCUCUACCCUGGAUUUGGUCUGUACGAGGAGUGCUCUGUGACACUGUGCAUGUAGGGUAUUGCCCACGGUUUAUUUAGCAUUAUAAAGUAGAUCUGUGGAUGAGCAUGAGCAUGUGUUUCAUCUACAGUACUUUACUUGCACAGUAUGCUAUACGUUUAUGGGGGAUCUUUUUGUGCUUUUCUUUCUUUAGGUGCUCUUUUCUUCCGACAUGACACGUUUUAUAUUGUAAAAUAAAUAAAUAAAGGUGUUAAAUGUAUACAAUAACA